GAAGUUUUUAUACAACGUUGCAAUUGGAAGUGAAGAGAAAUUGUAAUAUAGUUUUUUUUUUUAUAUAUUUUCUAAUUAUUUAUUGUAAUUAAACGAUCGUAAAAAAUUAGCGAGUUUUUUAAGCUUCUUUGGCUGUAAAGAAACCAAUAAAGAAAAAUAACCUAAGUAAAAUCUUGGAAGCAGCAAUCGUAGAAACUUUAAUAUCUAUUUCAUUUACUGUUGUUGUUCUUACGGGUGUUAUUUAUUGUUGCUGUUAUUGUGUUGUUUGCCAAAUCGUGUAAUAAUUCAAGCAAACCCAACCAUCCAACAACUACAACACCGUUUAUUUACACCACAUUCUCCUGCACUAUCUAAAGUUAUUUCUGAACUUCCAUCGCCAAACAAACGGCAGAAAGUUUCCGUGACAAGAGAAGAGGACACAACAAUAAAUACUCUUGCUUCAUCAUCAUCUUCAGCGACAUACACACAAACACACGCAAACUAACUAACAAACGAACAAACAAAGCAGCCAGCAAGCGAAGAAAAGCGUGCAUGCACAAUUACAAGCCAUAACAAUAGCAACAAAUACAAUAUAUAGAAAAAAAGGGCAGCCGGUAUCUGUGAAAGAAUUGAGAAUUGUUAUUAAAAAAUAAUAAUAAUAAAUAUUAUUGUACAAUAGCAAGGCAACUUUAAAGAAUUUCAUUAAAAAGUUUGCCAACCAGCGAAUGCUAUUGCAAAUAUUGUUACUAUAUUUAUUGCACAAUUGUAUGUAUUUGCAAAUUGUUAAGUAAUUGUUAAGUCUGUCCAUUUGUGGAAGUUGAUUGUGUGGUGUUUCCUUUAACGUAUGACUGGCUGAGUGAGUGAGUGUCAACCAACCAACCAACCAGCCCAUACCAGACAUCGAAGAAUAUUAACGAGGUUGUUGCUGGUGGCUAUUACAGUUUAUUUUAUUUCUUACACGUCCAUUCAACUGCUGGCUUAAAUGUACUUGUUAACCUGGCCAAUAAAUAAAUCUUAAAUCAGCGUGUUGUUGAAAAACUAAAAAAUAAACAAUUUCGAAAUAGUAAAAAAUAAUUGUGCAACAAAGAAUUUAACUAAAAAAGAAAUGGAUCGAAGUAUGGACUCAAUUGGCAGCUGUUCUUUAGAUGUUGAUGCCGAAUCUUCAGAUAUAUCAGAUACAAGUGGAAGUUUAAAUUUUCCCACACCAAUAUCCAUCAAGGACAUAACCCGAGAAUUUACCAACAACAUACGAGAGCGCUGUUCCGUACAAACGGUUAAGAAUACGACAGCUUAUGUGGAUCCAGUUACAGGUCAAGUUUGUAUAGCACUGACCACACCACCCACUACAACAGUUAAUAACAACAUUAGUGACACUAAUCAGUCAUUAACAAAAACGACCCCAACCAAUCAAACAGUAACAUCAGCAUUAUUAUCACCACAGACACCCGAAGAUAGUUACGAUAAGAAACCGAGUUAUUUAAAUUUAGCAUGUUGUGUUAACGGUUAUUCAAAUAUUACCACAUACGACUCUAAAAUACGACAAGAUAUAAACAAAUCACGAGAAGUGUCACCGAUUCGACCAUCGUCGAGUAGUUUGCAAUAUUGUAAGAAGAGCAAUUCCCUUGCUCCUCCCGUAUUGCUAUCAAUGCCAAACGUGAAUUUAACAUCGCCACAGCAACAACAGCCAACCCAUCAGAUGGCGGGUACUACGAAUGGUGUGUACGUGACGAGCGCUUCCAUUGGCAGUAAAUAUUCGAUUAUCGAGAAUAAUAAUCACAGCCAAAAUGGUCUAGAUGCUCACAAUACCAGUGACGAGGGCGGCGGCGGUAGUGGUGCCAAAAGAAGUUUUAUACAGCAGCGUGUGGAGAGAUUAUAUGGGCCUGGUGCUCUAGCUCAGGGCUUUUAUAGCCCUAAAAAGAUAAAAGACUCAUCGUCGCGUUUAAAUAAAUCGAACAUUACCGAAAAUGGCGGCGGCGGUGGAGGAGGUGGUGCUACCUCCGAAUUGGCACGUAAAUUUCAAGAAUUAUCGCCCAGUAAAGACUACAAUCAAUUUCGCAAAAAGUUGUCCAACGGCAAACCUCCAAUACCACCAACUAACAUGGCCGCCAAAGAGGACAAUAUUAAAAUGGACAAUAACAACAUUGAUUUACCCUGUCUGAGACAUUUAUCACAAGAAUUUCGAGCACAAUUGCCGGUGGUGUCGCCCAAAAGAAAUUUCUCUCGUACAUCCCCUGGUAGGGAUAUAAUACAGCCACAAACUCAUACCACAGCAAUAACAAAUGGCACCACACCACCCACAACUGUUACACCCACGUCUGGCAAGCAGUUUGAGGAAAAACUUCAACAACAACAAACAAACAACCACCAUAAAAUAACAAACACCUUAAAUUCGUCCUCUCCAAUUACAGGCCUAGAUGAAUUGGAUCAUAAGGUGGCUGAUUCCGUAAAAGAUCUGGACAUUUCAGCAUUAGAGAAACUAGUGCCCCCCAUAGAUGAGCCAAAAGUUGUGCUUCCCAUAAUAGAUCCACAAAUAUCUCUGUCUCUUUCGAAUGCAGAUAACGACAACACACAGUCGCCAUCAUCAACAACGAACGGUUCUGGCAAACCGGGAGUUAAGGAUGCUCAUUUCUUUUUGAAACAAUUGAAAGAUGAACAGAAUCGUUUGCUGAUUAUGGCAGCGGAAGUUGAGAAAUAUUUGGAUGCCUUAGCGAGCAAUCCCGAUAUUACGGAAGAUACUUUUGGACUUUUACGUUCAGCUUCUGGUAAAGCUCGUUUAUUAGUAUCACAAAAAAUGAAACAAUUUGAAGGUUUGUGUCACAAUAAUUUAAACAGUUCACCAGAAGAUAAAUUCCCCACAACGGUAGAUGAUUUGCAAGGAUUUUGGGAUAUGGUCUAUUUACAGGUCGAUCAUAUCGAUUCAAUAUUUGCAGAUAUUGAAAAUCUCAAGAAAAAUGAUUGGAAGAAACCAUUGGAGGUUGAACCAGUUGUAAGUGUGGUAAAAACUCCUAGAGUUAGUAAGACUCCUUUGAAUAGUAAAACAAAACUAAGUACACCCAUGACAAAUGGUGGCGCCUCAGCUGCCACACCAUCGGCUGCUGCUUUGAAACGUGAGGCUCAACGCAAAAAACUACAAGAAAUGAAACGUCGCAAUCGUGAAGCUAUGACUGCGGCCAGUGCCAACUCCAACUCUAACUCAACACAUGAAUCUUCUACAAUCGAUAUAAUGGGCGUGGUUAAUAUCAAUACAGAAACUAAAGCCACAGACAUUCUACAAAAUAGCUAAUUUUCUUGUGCAAACAUUUUUGUUUAGAUAAAACGAACGAAUUCUUACAAAAUUAAUUAAACGAAAAUUGGUUACAUACACACUAAAUUAAUACUCUUAAAAAUUAAAUUUCGAAACUAAUUAAAGAAACUACUUAAACGACUACUACUUCUACUACUACAUUAAUAUUUAAAAAUAACCAACCCACAAACUGUCUCUCUCUCUCGUUCUAACUAACUAUUAAACUACUUGCUAGUCUAACUUUUAAGUAAGUGUAUUAAAACUUUAACAAAUCUAAAUCAAACCUUUAAAGGGAGUUACAAAAACACACAAAAAAAAACACUAAAAUAUCCAAAUUAACAUACAUAAAAACAUAAUUUUGAAAAACGUAUUAAAAAAAAAAUUAACUUGUAAGUUUAACCGAAUAAUAUUAAGCGAAAUUAUCACAAAAUUUUAAUAAUAUAAAAAGAAAAGAAAUAAAUUUCUAGUAGAGCAGGUUCAAAACUAGAGUCGUGCUUUAAAAGCCCAGUUGAAAUAUAAAUUCAAAACGAUACGAUCAAAUUUACAAUAACCAGCCGGAUAUUAUAACGAAUACAUAUUUAUUUUUUAAAACAAAAACAAUUGCUGCAAUUGGCUUUUUGUUUAGUUUUUUUGAUUUCUCAAAGAAAAUCAUCAAUUCAUUAUAUCAUGAUUAUAGGAAGGAACUUAAUUAAAAUUGAGUAAAAAUAAAAUUUAUAAAAAUUAAAAACUAAUAAUAAACGAACUUAUAUUGAAAAUGCCUUUUUAUUACAAAUUUAUUUAAAUUAAUUUUUUUAUAACGUAAUACGUAUUUAUAAAUUAUAAAAAUAAAAUAAACAAACACAAAAAUUAUAUACAACUUAAAACUUCUAGUACAAGUAUUAUAAAAGUAUUCAGUUUUAUUAUUUUUUUUUAUUAAAUUUACAUUUUUUUAAAAUAAACUCCUUUUUUUACAAUUAAUUGAUUUUUAUAUAUUUUUCACACAAAAAGAAAACCAGCUCGAUUCAGUUUUGAUCUCUGUAGCUCUUUACAAAAAAAUUAAAAAAACAUUUUCUAACUUGAUUUGUUUUUUUUUUCUACAACAAAACUAGAAUUGACUUUAGAAUUAAAUUACUAUUAUGUAUUUUUUGGCAUGAAUUUUUUAUACUCUUUUUUUUAUAAAUAUUACUAAUCUUUUUUUUAUUAACCCUUGGGCUUGUUUAGAGAAAAAAGACAUUUUUUUUAAUAAUAACAUAAUUUUUUUACCAUUUUAUUUAAAAAGUACCCCAUAAUGUUGUUUGUUUUUUUUCUCUUUUUUAAUUUAAACUGUUUAAUAUUUUCUCUCAAUCUCUUUUUAUUUACAUUUUUAAUUCUUGUGUUAAAAACCAAAUUAAAAUCAAAAAUCUUGUUGCAUUUAUUUGAUUAUUGUGUGUUUUUUUAUUAUUUUGUUUGGCAAGAGAUGUUUUUCUUCCAUAUGUAUUUUGUUUUGCAAUUAAACGAGAAAACAACAACAAUAGCUUUAAGUUGAGAUUUAAUACAAAUAUUAAACAAAUAAUCUGAAAAAAAAAAUAAAACAAAUUAAAGAAAGAAAAAAACUAAAAAUAACCGUGAAAACACAACAAAAACCGUAAACUAAUAUUUAAUAAAGUUAUUUUUUAUUCAUUAUCCAAAAUAAAAUUAUUAAAAAAUAUAUAAAAAAAACAAACAAA